AAAUAACUAUAUCAUUCUAUUCAUUCUCCUGAAGUGUCAUUGACGGUGGUAAAUCUAACUGGUAGUUCUUAAGUGAAAUCGAAACAAGAAAAUACAAUACAAUUUGUGACAAUUUUAAGUAUUUCUUUUAAAUUAAGGGUUGCAGUAAUCUGUGUUAUCGACGAAAUCUGUCUCCCUUUGACCUCCAUAUGUCCUUGACAAUUUUUAGACAAAUAUUCGUUAGACCGUCAAUUCGCUGCCGGCUUUUUUCUAAAAGUACAUCAAAAAUGGCAUUAAACAAACUGGCUAUCGAUGCAUUGGACCUUGGAAACAAAAGAGUUCUCAUACGAGUCGACUUCAACGUUCCCUUAAAAGAAGGUGUAAUUACUAACAACCAACGUAUCGUUGCCGCUUUAGAAACAGUGAGAUAUGCCUUGGACAAAAAUGCAAAGAGCGUGGUGCUAAUGUCCCACUUGGGGCGACCUGACGGCAAUCCAAAUCCAAAGUAUACUCUAAAACCCGUUGCAGAAGAAUUGAAAAAAUUACUAAACAGAGAAAUUACAUUUCUUCCUGAUUGUGUGGGGCCUGAAGUCGAACAGGCCUGCGCUGACCCUGCGCCUGGUACAGUAAUCUUGUUAGAAAACCUGCGAUUCCACAUAGAAGAGGAAGGUAAGGGCGUAGACGCGUCAGGCCAAAAGGCCAAGGCCAGCCCCGAGAAAGUCAAGGCCUUUAGAGAGAGCCUCCGUAAGUUGGGCGACGUGUACGUGAACGAUGCCUUUGGCACUGCACACAGAGCUCAUGCCUCUAUGUUGGGGGAAGGCUUUAAUCAACGCGCCUCGGGAUUUUUACUCAAAAAGGAACUUCAGUAUUUCGCUAAGGCUUUAGAUAACCCUGAAAGGCCAUUCCUGGCGAUACUGGGAGGCGCUAAGGUCGCUGAUAAAAUUCAACUGAUUGAGAACCUGUUGGAUAAAGUCAACGAAAUGAUAAUCGGCGGAGGGAUGGCUUAUACUUUCCUCAAGGAGUCCAAAGGAAUGAACAUCGGCACGUCUUUGUACGAUGCGGAGGGAGCCAAAAUUGUGGGAAAACUACUGGAGAAAGCUGCGAAAAAUAACGUACAAGUUCAUCUGCCGGUAGACUUUGUCAUUGCAGAUAAGUUCGCAGAAGACGCAAAUUCUAGCUGUGCCACAGUGGAAGAGGGUAUUCCCGAAGGUUGGAUGGGUUUGGAUAUUGGCCAGCAAACCAUGGAAUUACUGAAGGAACCGAUCAGAAGAGCCAAAGUUAUCGUAUGGAACGGCCCAGCCGGAGUAUUCGAGUUUGAAAAGUUCGCCAAGGGGACCAAAUCCAUCAUGGACGAAGUUGUGGCGGCAACGGCGAAAGGCGCCACUACCAUCAUCGGUGGAGGCGACACGGCAACUUGCUGCGCGAAAUGGAAGACCGAGGACAAAGUUUCUCACGUCUCGACCGGCGGCGGGGCCAGUUUGGAACUUCUAGAGGGCAAAGUUCUGCCAGGCGUGGCGGCACUGUCCGACGCAUAAUUGCCGCCCUGAUUACUUAGAUUACUAUUUAUAUGAAACCUACUGGAACGCAUGAUCCCUAGGAAUUAUUAGCUGCAAAAAUUCAUAUAUUUCUGGAUCGUAACCGUAAAAGCAUUAAGGAUAUUACAAGUUUUAGAUAUA